AUGGCACCGCAAUUCGAUAUUACACCCGAGAAGCGAGCAUCUCAGCUUGCAUUCAUACAACGCCAGCUAUUCCGUGUACCUCCGACAUGGACCAAGAAAGAUGUCGAUCUUAGGGGCAAGACUGCCAUUAUAACCGGAUCCAAUACCGGUCUUGGGUUUGAGUGUGCUGGUCAGCUCCUCGAUCUUGGUCUUAGCAAGCUCAUUUUAGCCGUUCGCAGCGAAGCCAAAGGCGAAGAAGCAAAGAAGUUGCUUCUAGCGGGCCGAGAUCCUAAAAAGCUACCAGUCAUUCAAGUAUGGAAGCUUGAUCUGUCGAGCUAUGAUUCCAUCAUGGCGUUUGUAGAACGCACCAAGACUCUGGAGCGGCUGGACAUCACCAUUAACAAUGCAGGUUUGAUGAAGAAAACUUUUCAGAAAAAUCCCUCUACUGGGCACGAAGAGAUCUUCCAAGUGAAUUACCUUGGUCAAUCUCUCUUCACUUUAUUACUUCUCCCAGUGAUUAAAGAGAAAAACUCGCCCGAACAACCCGGCCACCUCGUCCUAGUUUCGUCUGAUACAGCUGCAUGGGCCGCGUUCAAGGGAAACAAGUCUGAUCUUUUGUUUGAAGGGUUAGAUAACCCUCAACUAUUUAACAGCAGAGAUCAAUAUUCCACUUCUAAAUUACUAGGCCAGCUGUUUUUAACAGAAUUGGUGAAGCGUGUACCAUCAUCAGUCGCCAUAAUAAACGCUCCAAACCCAGGGCUUUGCAAAUCAAACCUAGGUCGUGAUUAUGACAGCGCGUUUGAGAGGGCUUUUCUUUUCAUGUUUCAACUUUUGCUCGGACGAGAUGGCUCUGUGGGGGCACGCGCCUUUACGGAUGCAGCUGUGAAACAGGGUACAGAAUCCCAUGGACAGUAUCUGGAAGAUGGAAAAGUUCAACCAAUGGCACCUAUUGUAUAUGAAAUUGAAGGAGAAAGGUUGGCACAGAAGCUUUGGGAAGAGACCAUGAAUGAAUUCGCUUUUGCAAAAGCAGCGGAUGUCGUCCAUUCGUUAAGUAGAUGA